AAAAGUUUCGUGAUGGUUUGUAGCACAGGACUUUUAAACUCUUCUCGGUUCCUGGCAUGAUUGAUAAGAGAUCAUAAGAUUUCAACGUCCUGCAACAAUAAAAACUGCAAUGAAAUAUGUAGCCACACCAUAUGAGACAUGUCAGAGAACAUGGUGUCUCAGUUUACUGGAUUUAUUUAGAUGUGAUAAAUGCAUAACACGGUAUAAAGCUGAACAGAAAACUGAAGAAUCUAAGAUUUACACCACCGAAUAUGUUUGUUGUUCAGGGUACAUACUAAAAAGAGACAAAUGCAGACCUGUUUGCAGUAGUGGUUGUCAACAUGGAGAGUGUGUGUCACCUAAUGAGUGUAAAUGUCACCCUGGCUGGAGAGGACAUUCAUGUUCUAGUAGUUGUGGAGAUAAUGAAUGGGGAGGUAACUGUAAAUUGAGAUGUAACUGUAACGGACACGGAUCAUGUGACCCACAGACUGGACAUUGUAUAUGUGCCGCAGGAUGGACCGGAGAGAGAUGUCAGACCCCCUGCAGUGAAGGAACCUACGGUCCAAACUGUCGUUUAAUGUGUCAUUGUCGUAAUGGAGCUACCUGUGAUCGGACAAAUGGAGCUUGUUAUUGUUCAACAGGGUUCAAAGGGUCAUUUUGUGAAGUGAACUGUCCUGACGGUACUCAUGGGUCAAAGUGUCAGUCACAAUGUUUAUGUCAGAAUGGUGCAACCUGUGAUUCAGCUGGUAAAUGUAAAUGUCCUAGAGGCUGGACUGGAUCGAUUUGUUCUGAGCCAUGCCCAGCAGGAAUGUGGGGAGGAGAUUGUAAAGCUCAGUGUAGAUGUUACAAUGGAGCAACAUGUGACAGAAUUACGGGACAGUGUACGUGUGCUCCUGGGUAUAAAGGAGAAAGUUGUACCAUUCAGUGCCCUGAAGGAACAUUUGGACCAUACUGUUCUCAGAAGUGUUCCUGUAAAAAUGGAGGAACAUGUGAAGCAGUAAAAGGAACAUGCAUCUGUCCUGUAGGGUAUACUGGGACAGAUUGUACUGAAAGUAAUUGUCCGUCUUUUAAAUAUGGAGAGAAGUGUCAGAAGGAUUGUAAAUGUAACAGAAAAACUACAGAUCAGUGUGACCCAGGGAGUGGAAAGUGUAAUAAAUGUUCCACUGGAUGGACUGGUCCCCUGUGUAAUGAGACCUGCCCAGCUCCAUACUAUGGUGAGGGAUGUCAGAAGAUCUGUUACUGUAAGAAUGGUGGACUUUGUAACCAUAAAACUGGAGUUUGUCAAUGUCAAGCUGGUUACACAGGGCAAUAUUGUGGAACUAAAUGUGCGAAGGGAAAGUUUGGUUUAGGAUGUAAACAGACUUGUCUUUGUCAGAACAACGCUGAGUGUGUACCAGAGAAUGGAUUUUGUAUUUGUUCACCAGGUUGGAAAGGUUUGACCUGUGAAUCCCAAUGUCCAAAGGGAUUAUAUGGUAAAGAUUGUCAGUCUAAAUGUAAAUGUCAAAAUGGUGGAUAUUGUUACCCGGCAACAGGUCACUGCACAUGUCCACCUGGUUUCUAUGGUGAUUCCUGUGAAAAGACCUGCCCUCAAUGGAUGUUUGGUUAUGUCUGCGGACAGAAAUGUUCCUGUGAGAAACAGAACUCUUUGUCAUGUGAAGCAGGCACUGGACGAUGUGUUUGUAAAUCUGGAUGGCAUGGAGUUCAUUGUGACAGUAAAUGUCCACAGAGUAGAUGGGGCGAAAAUUGUCAGAAGUUUUGUGAUUGUGGAAUUGAUGGAUCAUGUAAACCUGCGACAGGGGAAUGUCAUUGUCGACCUGGCUAUAUAGGAUCACAUUGUUCUAAAGUUUGUCCUGCUGGGACCUUUGGUAACUUAUGUCAACAGAAAUGUACAUGGUGCGAUGAAGGACAGUUCUGUGACCACAUCACUGGUCAGUGCCUGGCUAUUACCUGUCCACCUGGUUAUACUGGACAUACCUGUCAGAAGGUUUGUCCUAAAGGAACAGCAGGCAUUGACUGUUUAGAUAAAUGUCCUAAGUGUGACAAUGGAGGGUUAUGUGAUUAUAAAUUAGGAAGGUGCAUCUGUUUACCUGGCUUCAGAGGAGAUUUCUGUCAAGCUGAAUGUCCGAAGAGCAAGUAUGGUAUAGGAUGCAAUACCACAUGUAACUGUGAGAACCAAGCAUACUGUCGACCAAGUGAUGGCUUCUGUAAAUGUUUUCCUGGUUACAUGGGAGUCACAUGUUCUCAAAGUAAGUCACAUGAUCUCAGAGUAAGUCACAUGGUCUCAAAGUAAGUCAAAUGAUCUCUAUUUUUAUGCCCCUCGCCAGUGUUAACCUUGUCUUUCUGUACGUCC